AUGACCUUUACCUUUGAAGUUACCAUUUUAGGUGGUAGUGGAGGACCCAUUGAGAAUGAUUGCCAAAGUUUUUUAAUUAGACCAUAUGGCUCAGAUGUUGUUGAUUCCAUAUGUGUCGAUGCAGGAACAGGCUUAGGCUCUCUAUACAAUUUGGUAGCACAAAUAGGUACUUCGGAUGAAGCGAAAGUUAAUGACUACUAUAAUCAAAAUGUAACGACUAGAAAGGUGUUCAACGAUGUAAAUGUUGCAUACACAAACGGUUUUUCUAGUUCGCUAAAAAAAGUUUUGAGUGAAAAGUACCAAAAUUUAAAUCAUUGGGAAACUACUAUUCUGUUGUAUAAUGGUAUCCGGGAUUAUUAUAUUACACAUCCGCAUCUAGACCACAUAGCCGGUCUUAUCAUAAAUUCACCUCUUGCUUAUGAAAUCAGCUUUGGUACUUCAAAAAAUGUGUAUGGGCUAACUUCCACAAAAGAAGCUCUAACAGAUCAUAUAUUUAACGAUACUAUAUGGCCUUCUUUGAAUAAGCUAAAAUAUCCUAAAAUAAACUUAAACGCAUUGAAACAAUGCAGGACUCAUGAUAUUGCCAAUUUUCCAUGGACAACAACUCCAUUCAAAGUAAAUCAUGGGUGUGGCGCUUGUAAUGGAGAACCAAACCAUAGCACAAUUUAUUGCAUAAGACAUAAUAGGACAAGCGAAGCUAUCGUAGUAUGCGGUGACCUCGAAAAUAAGGCCUCAAUUGAUACCCUUGAUUCAUAUUUACAAACUUUUACAAAUUGGUUAACUAAUAAUAUACUUGCAGAAAACUUUAAAGGUAUCUUAAUAGAAUGCUCUUCCCAAACUGUCCCUGAUGGAACCCCAUUAUUUGGCCAUUUGUCACCACCACACUUAAUCUCUCUUUUAAAACUCCUUCUUAAAAAAUAUAAUGAUAUUGAUCAAACUAUUAGCGAGUUAAAUGUUAUUGUUACUCAUGUGAAAUAUACUUGCGGUAACGAGGACCCCCGACUUACUGUAUUAUCUGAACUCAGAAACCUGGCGAAGUUCAAUAAUCUCCAUAACUUAAAUUUUAGCUAUGCUUCACAGGGAACCACCUACUACCUUUAG